UACCGCCUCAAGCCCCGCCCUCCCCCUCCCCCCUACACACUCCCCUCUCUCCCCGUGUCCCACUAAAGCGAUUUCAGCGCAUGCAGGGACUCGUCCCCACGGCCACGGAUGGCAACAUGGCGACAGAGUUUCACAACCUGCAGGAGCUGAGGCACAGCGCAUCUCUGGCCAACAAAGUGUUCAUCCAGAGAGACUACAGUGAGGGGACCACCUGCAAGUUUCAGACUAAGUUCCCCUCUGAGCUGGAGAGCAGGAUUGAGAGGACUUUGUUUGAGGACACUGUAAAGACGCUGAAUAACUACUACGCAGAGGCAGAGAAGAUCGGAGGACAGUCCUACCUAGAGGGUUGUCUGGCCUGUGCUACAGCUUAUCUCAUCUUCCUCUGCAUGGAGACACGUUAUGAAAAGGUGUUGAAGAAGAUAGCCAAGUACAUUCAGGAGCAGAACGAGAAGAUCUAUGCGCCCAGGGGUUUGCUCAUCACAGAUCCCAUAGAAAGGGGAAUGCGUGUUAUAGAGAUUUCCAUCUACGAGGACCGGGGCUCCAGUGGCUCCAGCUCAGGGAGCAGCUCUGUGUCCGGCAGCACCGCCCGAUGACCGGGUGCAUCCUGAAACCGUGUCCGCCUGAUCACUCGCAACCCUGGAGGAGGGCUUAGGAAAACCAUGCUACUCAUGUUCCAACACCUGUACACCCCUUAAUAUAUUCUCACACAAAGGAUUCACUAGCUUUUGUUGCUCCUGAUCAUCAUCAUCACAUGCUGAUUCUUCGCUUUUCAACACUUUAAAACAUGCUCAAGAAACAUGCACAAACUUUGCUGCGGUUGUGUUGUGAUGCAAUGUCUCGAUGUAAAGGAAGCUAGUAAUGCUUUGCCGGAUCAUGCCGUUCUUUUUUUAAGUUAAAACAAAAAGGAGGAAGGAAGCACUGAAACAGAAGUGUGUACCACAAACCUCAUACCUCAGCCACCACCAAUGCACAACACUGGAUCAUGAGACUAGACGGAACUUCUUUUCGGUUUAGAGCUAAGGAUGUGCAAGAAACGCAACUCAAAGAGGUCAGAUUAAUAGUACAAAACACCUCCUCCUCCUCCUCCACCUCUGCUGUGAAUCAUGCAGAUGAAUGUCAUCCAACCCGUCCGUGCAUAUAAUGUAGCAGAUCUUCCAUAUUUCUCACAUGAAGCCUACAUUUUUAUUUUUGACAUGCAGACACAUGCACAAAUCCAAGUACUAACCUCUUGGUCUCACUGAGCGAGACCAACUCUUCCUAAAUUUUGAUUAUGCAAAGACUCGGCGUGCAACAGAUGCAGCAGUAAGUAGAGAAGGGAUGGGUCAAAAAGUCUUCCUGAAUCGUACCAGUAGUGUUUGAAACAUACACCAACCCUUCUUUGAUUCAUGGAUAAACUUCCAAAGAACAAUAACUGCCAAAAAAAACAACAACAACAGGCUCACAAAUGUGAAUGUGUCUUUUAUUUUGGUGACAUUUUGUGCAAGAACUAAUUUUCGUACUGCUUGUUGUUUGAUACACACGGUAAUGAAGUACAUAUGACUGGUGUCAAAUAAACAGUUUCAUCACAGACCUCA